UUUAGCGACUCGUUGCGUUGUGUUGCAGAAGGGGCUUGAGCUAUGGCGAAGAGGCGGGGAGAGGUCGCUGCUUCGUAUGCCGUCGACGCAAACUCUGGUGUUGGUGAGGCGGCCUUUAGUCGAGGGCCGGCACGCCUCUUGACGGCCGAUGGAGACCGUCACGACGGGCGCCAGCUGCAUGAAUGUCGACUGAAUUUCUUGAAAACGGGAGCGGUGAGUUCAGCAGCAGGGUCGGCGUACGCGGAGAUCGGACAGACGAAGGUGAUCGUCUCAGUCUUCGGGCCUCGGGAGAGCCACAAGGCCGAAGCCUUCAGUGGGAUCGGAAGAUUGAAUUGCAACGUCCAGUAUGCGUCGUUCGCAACCUCGGUUAGGGGAAAAGCGAACCAGGGUGCAGAGGAGAAAGAGUUCCCGGUGCUGCUGCACAAGGCAUUGGAGGGCGCCGUGAUGCUUCACACGUUUCCGAAGACGACUGUGGACAUCUUUGCGCUUAUUCUGCAGUCGGGUGGAGGGGACUUGCCGGCGGUGAUUUCGUGCGCUUCGAUGGCGUUGGCUGAUGCCGGCAUUGCAAUGUACGACCUGGUUUCUGCUGUUUCUACUGGCUACGUGGGCAAGGAGGUGCUCUUGGAUACGACCUUGGAGGAGGAGAAGUGUAGCGAUGGUGAAAUGAUGGUCACGUUUAUGGCGUCCCGGAAUGAGAUCACACAGCUGAAGAUCACUGGACAGUGGCCUGAUGCGACGAUGAGGGAAGCCUUGAGUGUUUCUUUGGAUGCAUGUGCGAAGCUAGCCAAUGUGAUGAGGGAGUGUCUGAAAGAAGAACUAGCUGGCGUGGACGAAGACGAGUAAGAUGUUCGACCGCAUGCGACCAGCUUGAGAAACCAACCAUAUGACUGCCCUGAUUCUCGGCCUCGUUUCGAAUUUCCUCGUCUUUUUGAGUUCUAGACCUGUUUUGGGGUUUGCCCUGCCAGGAGGUCGAUUAGAGAAUUAGCCUGAUGUCGAACGUUCAAAGCUGUCCAAAUGAGUAGAAGAUGAAUCAAUUCCAAAUGCGAAGUAGAGAUGUAGUUUGAAGUAUGUCGUACCGUUUUGUAGGAUGUCCGUAAAGGAGAGCACAAAUAUUUUGUAGAUAGCUUCUCCAUUUAUCCCAGUUAUAACUGUGCUGUGGACAAUGGCACCACAAUUACCACAGACCAGUGUAAACUGCAUGGCCCCCUUGAGACCUUGAAUUGUAUCAGUACUUCUUUGCACGAGAAAGAAAGAUGUUGCUUUUCCUGAUUAAUGGGCGCUUACAUUAAUUUUUGUGAA